GUAUGGCGACGGAUAGUGCCUCUGUGUACAUGUGCUUCCCCUGCUACCAAGAGUUUGACACCUUGGAGGAGGUGCUGGCCCACCAGCUGACCUGCACCACAGAGAACGUGGGGAGUGGGGCCCCCACCCCAGUCUCCGUUCCCUUCCUACAGACUCAGGUAAUAGUGGAAGCUUCAAACUCCAUGGACAUUUACACUAAAUAGGCUAGGUCUAGAACAUUGUGUACUGUUGCUAUAUGAGUCAAACCAAGGUCUUGGAUCAUAAAGAAUAACUUUUCAUUCUACUUCUCUCAUCUUUUGCACAUCUAGGCUAAAUGGUUCUGGAUAAAAGCGUCUGCUAAAUGGCAUAUAUUAUUGUUAUUAUCAAGUGGCAGUUCUACAAAUAAUUCCUACAGAAUAUCUGCAUGUCUGAAAGUUAAUGAGUGAGAACAUUCCAUUCCAUCUCGGCACCUGUGUUGAUUCAUAAUUGGAAAUUACAUGACCUGCACUGUCCUUGUUUUUUGUUUUGUUAAUUUUUUUGGGAUAAAAAUAGACAAUACAAUAUUCAAGUCAGGCAAGAACACGUAUUACAAAAACCACCUUACGCAAACAUCUAAAUAAUAUAAAUACAAUUAAAAAAUGACAGCUCACAUUACUUUCUACACCAAACAUUGAAUUAUAAUAUUCCAAUGUACAGAUACUUUUUCUGUUACUAUGUAAUUUGAGGGAAAAACACUGUCCUUGUUCUCACUGUAUUGUUGCCUCGUAAUGACAGCUACAGUAUGCUCUGAGGUUCAGAACAGUGAGCCGUCGACCGUGAGUGACGUUUACCAGUGUCGCUCUACGAAACGUGGCCCCAGCCUCCCAUGGUGACUGUCUCCUCCAGCUCAGAACCAUAAAGCAUGGUGUCAUGAGUGACAGGCAAAUUGCAUCUCGAGUUGCCAGUGGGGAGAGAAGAGGAGCGUGAGAGAUGAAUCAGUCAGCUCCACCCCUCCUCCUGAUGGAUGGCUCAUUGGCCUUCUCACAGAUGAAUCAGCUGUGGAAACAUUCUAUAAAACCUAAGUGCCUUAUGGCAUUCUGGCCCCUGCUCUGCCGUCAGCUGCCUUAUUACUACCAUUCAGACUUCGUUAGCUAGAUUAUCAUAAUGUCUGUGUAACAUUAAAGGCGACAUUGCUAUAAAACAGGGGGUGUUUACAUUUCAAAUGAAUGUAGGCUGCUAUUAUACCAACCUUUUUUUUUACCUUGAUGCGUUCGGAUCCAGAGAACUGUAAUUACAUGGAAGAGGCCUAGUAGGAAAUUAGAAGCUUUGCUUUUUAGCAUUGAAAAGGAAGAUGGAAAAUGAACACAGAGGUAGAACCGCUUUGUAAUAUGAAUGUAUUUAAUUACAUUUCAUUACCCAUCUCGCUUACCAAGAGGGGAAAAAAUAAGUGUUAUUAAAAAGGAACUUCAGUGAAGUGGUGUGCUCCCACAAUUACUUUAAUGACAUGUUGAGCCAUGUGUAAUAUUUUAGUGCACUUCCCGAGUUGAAGUCCAGUUCUGAAAUCGGUAAUUAAAUCAAUUCAUUAUAUGGUACAGGCCUCUAUACCCACUAGCCAGGCUCACUGACCAAACAGGCAUAUGGGCCCUGGUCAAAAGUAGAGUACUAUAAGGAAUAAGGUGCUAUUUGGGAUGCAGACACAGUUUCCUGUCUCAAGUCCUUCCAGGAGACAGUGACUCAACCACCAACGUCACAUUGAAAAUGCUCUCUCAUCAAAAAGAUGUUAAUACACACAUACAUUGCACUAUUUCAAGAGCUCCGGUCGGUCCCCAGUAAUCGUUUUUGCCACGUUGGAUAAGAACAGUGUCAGCGGCAGUUAAAGUUACAUAGUCUGGUUUUAUAACUCAGCUCCCUCACUGGGCUAAAACGCUGAGUAGUGAGUACUUACUCUGAAACUAAAUAAAUCAGACAUGACUGAAAUGUAUUGUAAUGGUGAUUUAGUUUGUGGCAUCAAAACAAAAAAAUCCAGAAAAAACGCAUGUCAAAAAUGUUUUAAAUUGAUUUGCAUUUUAAUGAGGGAAAUAAGUAUUUGACCCCAUCUCAAUCAGAAAGAUUUCUGGCUCCCAGGUGUCUUUUAUACAGGUAACGAGCUGAGAUUAGGAGCACACUCUUAAAGGAAGUGCUUCUAAUCUCAGUUUGUUACCUGUAUAAAAGACACCUGUCCACAGAAGCAAUCAAUCAAUCAGAUUCCAACUCUCCACCAUGGCCAAGACCAAAGAGCUCGCCAAGGAUGUCAGGGACAAGAUUAUAGACCUAGAAAAGGCUGGAAUGGGCUACAAGACCAUCGCCAAGCAGCUUGGUGAGAAGGUGACAGCAGUUGGUGCGAUUAUUCGCAAAUGAAAGAAUCACAAAAUAACUGUCAAUCUCCCUCGGCCUGGGGCUCCAUGCAAGAUCUCACCCUGUGGAGUUGCAACGAUCAUGAGAACGGUGAGGAAUCAGCCCAGAACUACACGGGAGGAUCUUGUCAAUGAUCUCAAGGCAGCUGGGACCAUAGUCACCAAGAAAACAAUUGGUAACACACUACGCCGUGAAGAACUGAAAUCCUGCAGCGCCCGCAAGGUCCCCCUGCUCAAGAAAGCACAUAUACAUGCCCGUCUGAAGUUUGCCAAUGAACAUCUGAAUGAUUCAGAGGACUACUGGGUGAAAGUGUUGUGGUCAGAUGAGACCAAAAUGGAGCUCUUUGGCAUCAACUCAACUCGCUGUGUUUGGAGGAGGAGGAAUGCUGCCUAUGACCCCAAGAACACCAUCCCCACCGUCAAACAUGGAGGUGGAAACAUUAUGCUUUGGGGGUGUUUUUCUGCUAAGGGGACAGGACAACUUCACCGCAUCAAAGGGAUGAUGGACGGGGCCAUGUACCGUCAAAUCUUGGGUGAGAACCUCCUUCACUCAGCCAGGGCAUUGAAAAUGGGUCGUGGAUGGAUAUUCCAGCAUGACAAUGACCCAAAACACAAGAGCCAAGAAACAAGCUGGUAGUACUCAGUCUAUGCUGGUACUACUCAGUCUAGGCUACUAUAACAGAAUGAGCCACAGCGGUGCCUCUGCUUGAAUGAAGACACUCCUGAAGGAACACAUUAACCUCGACCUUGAUGGUUCUUAUCAUCCUAAUGGAUCAACGAGCAGAUCUCAAACUCCAUCUGAACUCCACUGAUAGGCCUAUGAUAUUUAUCAUCACCCUGCCCAGGCCCUCAGCCCUUAUCUGCCUCCCCCCUCAGAGAAACCCUCCCUCCCAGGCUCUGAUGAUCUAAAGACUGCUCUGUCUGCUCUCAUUGACCCCUUUGUCCUCUGAAUAAUCUAUUACUAUAUUCAUCUAUUGUCAUCCCUCAUCUGCCAAACAAAAACACUGUUCCUGUUUGAAUUGACUUUGGAAUUUUUCAACAAGAACAAAAAAAUAUUGUCACAUACACCAGGUAGGUGCAGUGAAAUGUGUUAUUUUACAGGGUCAGCCAUAGUAGUACGGCGCCCCUGGAGCAAAUUAGGGUUAAGUGCCUUGCUCAAGGGCACAUCAACAGGUUUUUCACCUUGUCGGCUCAGGUAUUCAAACCAACAACCUUUCGGUUACUGGCCCAAUGCUAUAUCCGCUAGGCUACCUGCUGCCCUGUGAUGGUAUUGCUAUCCAGUACUGCCAUGGAAUCCUCCAUUGUUAGGUGGAGGAGUUCUUUCAAUUUGACACAAAAAAAUAUCGACGUUUUCGUUCACUCAUUAUUGUCCAGACUGGUCAGCUUGUGUUUUGUCUUCUUUUCUCACAUUCUCUUUUUCUUUCCCUCGCUCCAGCAGCAGGUGUAUACCCGGCCCAUUGCUCCAUCGCCUGCCCCUCAGACCAAGGCCAGUGCCUCCUCUGUGCUGCCCAGCUCUGGUGCACCAGGCCUGGCCAUGGCCAGCCCAAAGAAGCCCUCCUCAGGAGACCAGCCCAAGAUCCUGUACCAGUGUGGAGACUGUGACGCCCUGUUCGACUCCCUGAUCCUCUGGCAGCAACACCGCAAACAUGGCCAGUGUCUGCAGACCAAGGCAGGACCCACCCAAUCACAACCAGGACCAGAAGAGACCGGCUCUGGAUCCGGAUCAGAACUGGCCCCAGAGGGAGGUGGGGAAGCAGGGACAGGCUGAAGUGGAGGUGGACCUGGGUCCAGAUGAACCAAACGAACCAAACUCACCAGAUGAAGGAGGAGGGGGCAGAGGAAGAGAGAGGGGGAGAGGUAGAGGGAGAGGAAGGGGUAGAGGAAGAGGAAAGAGUCAGGAGAGGGCACAACAAACCCAGCAGCAGCAGGAUGUAGUGAAGACUGAGCUACCCGCGGAGAAAGAGAAAGAGGAGGAUGGGAUGAGUGCAGAGCACACACCAGCCACCCUGGAUCACGCGUAUCUGCCAAACACCACCAACAGAGGGCAGGAAGGAGGAGAGAAAGAGCCAGCAACAGAGAGUGUCGAAGUAUCCACUGGAUCUAAAGCCUCUGAGAUCCAGGCUCAGGCAGCCCAUUCAUCUACAGAGACCCAGUCUGCAGCAGACAGCCAGUCCAUCCCCGACCCCGCUCCCUCCCAGGAGCCCCCAGACCCCCGCUCCCUCCCAGGACCCCCCAGACCCCGCUCCCUCCCAGGACCCCCCAGACCCCGCUCCCUCCCAGGACCCCCCAGACCCCGCUCCCUCCCAGGACCCCCCAGACCCCGCUCCCUCCCAGGACCCCCCAGACCCCACUCCCUCCCAGGACCCCCCAGACCCCACUCCCUCCCAGGACCUCCCAGCCGAUAACCCUGGGGAGGAGCAGACGUCCUACUACUUCAGGAUGAAGGCAGCCAAGAAGCUCAAGCCCCCGUCCAGCCUGCUGUGUGUGGACUGUGGCUCCAGCUUCGGCAUGGUGUCUGAGCUGGUGGCCCACCGCAAGGCCCAGCAUGGCCUCAAGGAAGCCCUGCACCACUGCACCGUGUGUGGGGAGAGCUUCCUCAACACCACCCUCUUCCUCUACCACCGCAAGCAGCACAAGGAGAAGGGGAAAGGAGGGGGUUACACAAGCCCAGGCCCAGGGAGGACAGACGCAGAAUGCAGAAGACCAGGAUUA